AAUUAUAAAUAUAUUUCGGAUAAUUAUGGAUUGAAAUUGGGUGAGAAACUUGAUGAUAUAGCAUGCUACAAUACUUUAACAAGAAAAAUCCAUCACACAUUGAUAUGUACUUUUUUAUUUUGAAUCAUAUAAGAUUUUUAAAUCCUUUUAACAAUGUAGAUAAUUGGGUUGGAGUAGCAUCAUAUUAAUUAAAAAACAAUGUCUACAAAAAGACAAAAAUAAAAACAUAAAAGAUUAAAAAUUACAGUAAAAAUCAGACGUUCGUGUAAAUGGCAAACCAAAGGCAACCAAAACCCUUGUUAACCCCCGAGGCCGUCUCCCCAAUAGCAUAUCAAUGGAGGAAUAAGCUAACUACCGAAUACUGAUUAACAGAGGCGAGAGAAAAGGAGGGUUUAAUCACGAUGUUCGCCACAAGAAAUCUCCAUAAACAAUUUAUCAAAACCCUAACUUCUCUUCUCAAUCACAACCACCAUUCUCUUCCAAGAAAUCCGAUUCCUAUUUCUAACGCUGAAAUUUAUCAAAAUGCUUCAUCAAUUCUCAACAUUUCUUCCCCUAAUUCUCCAUCUUCUUCGCGCAAUCUUGAUUUGGGGUUUUAUGGUUUCCGCCGCUGGAUGUCGACGGCGAAGGGACGGAGUAUGAGGAGCAAAGUGGAGCGAAGGAUGCAGAGAGAAGCUGGUAAAACUCAAAGACAGAUUCGUCAAGCUAAGAAGAUUAAGAUUAAGCUUAUGACUGAGGAAGAACGCCUUAUUUACAGUCUUCGAAGGGCUAAGAAGAAAGUUGCAUUGCUUCUGCAAAAGCUCAAGAAAUACGAGUUGCCUGAGUUGCCUCCACCAAGGCAUGAUCCUGAGCUGCUGGCAUCCGAGCAGCUCCAGGCUUUUAAGAAGAUUGGCUUUAGAAAUAAAAACUAUUGUGAGGUUGGUGUUCGUGGAGUCUUUGGAGGAGUUGUCCAGAAUAUGCAUCUUCACUGGAAGUUCCAUGAGACUGUGCAAGUUUGUUGUGAUAACUUUCCUAAGGAAAGGAUCAAGGGGAUGGCAACAAUGCUUGCAAGGCUAAGUGGUGGUAUUGUGGUUAAUGUACACAAUGUGAAAACAAUCAUUAUGUUCCGUGGUAGAAACUACAGGCAACCAAAAAAUUUGAUACCUGUUAACACCCUUACGAAGAGGAAGGCUCUUUUCAAGGCAAGAUUUGAGCAAGCACUUGAAUCUCAGAAACUCAAUAUUAAGAAAACUGAACAGCAGCUUCGGAAAAAGGGAAUAAGCCCAGAUGAUCCUGUUGCCAUGGCGAGCAUCCAGAGGGUUGCAUCAACAUUCUUUAACGCGAUUGAUAAGAAGGAAGGGAGCCCUUAUGUCUUCCGUGAGGCUGGAGAAUCUGUGAAGGAGCCUCAGAAAACCUCAGAACAAUAUGAUCUUGCUGAGGAUAGUGAUCAAGAAGAGCUUGAUAAAUUUAUAGCGGAGAUUGAGGAUGCUGUUGAUAAGGAAUGGGCCGAGGAGGAGGCUGCAGAACGGGAAGAGUUUGGUAAAAUUAGGUACCGGAACAAGGAAGACUAUGGUGGAAGAUUUGUAAAUAAUUUAUCUGAUGAUGGAAAUAGAGGUCGAAAUAUGGAUACAAAUCGAAGGCAAAGAGUGGAAGACAGUGAAGAUGAAGAUUAUGUUUCUGCACCUAUUAAUGAAGAAGAUAACACAAGCGAUGAUGAAAGGCACACUUGUGAUUUUGAUGAUGAUAAAGUUAAGCGCCCACCAUCCAGAGUUGAAAUUGAGAGUGAUGAUUCAGAUGAUGGAGACAGAAAUUCUAGGUUUAGAGAUAGAACCAGAAAUCAGGAAAAAAGAGGCAGGUUUGAUACUAAGGGCAGAAAAUGGGGGAAAGAAAGUUCUGAUAUUGCUGAAGAUUUUACUGAUUCUGAAAUCACCAUGUAUGGGUCAGAUGAUGAUGAUGAGCUGGAAUCCAGUGCUCUGAGAGGAGCUGAUGAGGACUACAGUGGGCUGCCACAUCAUCGUGCAAAGGAGGAGGAUAGCAAAAUUCCUAGGGAAAAUUAAGUGCCUUGAAAACAGAAGGAUGGUGAAAUCUGAGAUAAAAAGUGAACUUUUUUGAAGUAACAUUAUGGCAACUCUUCAUUAGUGAACUGUUUUCUAACUUUCCAUGAUGCCUAACUGCCUAAGACAUAUACAUAUAUAUAAGUAAGGGAUGCUUUUGUACAUUUAUGCAUGAAAUCUUUUACAGAGUAGUAGGUUGUUAAAUUCCAUUUCUUUUAGUAAGAAAGACCGACUUCUUUCUCAUCUGCUCUUUCCGUCCGUAUGGGUCAUGACUGGAACAUAUUUAAUUGGAACUAUAUUCUAUUCAACACUUCACAUGACUUUUGGUUCUCUAUUGUUUUUCAUGGCUAAAAUGUUCUCUUUUGUGUUCGAAAGGUCAGGUUGUACAGGAUUUGUUGGCUGCUUGCAAGAGUGGUAACUUCGAUUUGGCUGACAAUUCGAUUUGGCUGACAAACAAGUGAAUAUGUCAUUUCAGAAGGCUAUCCAGUUUCGCAGAUGAUUUCUCAGUUAUUUGAUAUUAUUGUGGAAGCGGCGAUUUGUCAGAUGAGCAAAAAGGCGAGGGUUUUGAAAAAGUUGGGUGAAACAGAUAAGUUGAUCUUGAGUGUUUAGAAUCUUUAGAUUGCGAUCUAUGUCAUCCAAAACUUGUUAAGUAAUAUGGUAAAAAGAUAUCAUCAGUUGUACUUAAGAUAUCUGCAAACUCUCAUCUGCGUCCCUCUAAAUGAUCCUAGAGUAACCCUUCGGAGCUGAAGAGCUGUUGCACCUCCCCAAGCAGUCACUGCAGCAGUUCCAGCACCACUGUGUUGAACAGCAACAACCCCUUGAUAAACUGAUCCGGAGCGUGGCUGCAGUUUGUUAGUGUUGGUGGCUUAGAAUCAAUCUCGGGACUAGGUUCAGAGUUGUCGGAAGCGUCUAGUUGUUGCAGUUGUGGUGUUUCUUAGUGGUUUUUGGGAGACUGUGAAGAGGUAGGUGAUGUCUUGUAGUGUGAUUUUGUUAAAUUGAUCAUUGUUCUUGUAAAUUGUCAAGUCCUGUAAAUUCAAUUUUCGAAUACUACAUUUUUACUUGUUA